ACUUGAAGGAAAUAAAAAUUCAUUGAUUCAGCUAUACAGAUGAUGAUUAGGUUUCUACAGGCAUUUACGGUAUAUUCACAAAAUAAUUUUCCUGCAGGGAUCAUUGGAUCAGACACUUGUUGUCCCCGCCUCACUCUGACUCCUUCCCCCCUCUAAGUGCAACAUUACAGGCAGCCAGAGGAAGUGCUCGGAUACCUUGCUGGCUGCUGCUGUGUGAAGCAGAGAGAUGGACAGCGGCACGAAGACAAAUAGCAUCGCCCUUAUCUAUGGAGCGUUCUGCCUUUCACUGGGACUUGUUCGUAUCAAUGGCCAGAGCGUCGGCACCCAAUGGACUACAGAGAAAAAUUCCCAUCGCCCUGUCGUUUUACGCACUUCUGAUAUCCAAAGAGUUGUGUCCCAAACAGAUGUUACUCAGAUGUUGCAGACUGAUAUGAAACCCAUGCUGAUCGAAAGGUAUGCUGGAUCCCCAGGAAAUUAUGCCGUUCGCCAGCACAUCAAACAACGCCUACAAAACCUUCAGGCUGGAUGGAUAACAGAGGAAGAUACAUUUGAAGCACCAACACCUUAUGGUUAUAUUACAUUCUCCAAUAUAAUCAGUACUUUGAAUCCCUCUGCUAAGAGACAUCUGGUGCUAGCUUGUCAUUAUGAUUCCAAAUACUUCAGUCCACAAUGGGAUGGAAGAAUAUUUGUGGGAGCUACAGACUCAGCUGUUCCAUGUGCAAUGAUGUUAGAGUUAGCAAGAGCUUUAGAUUCUUCUCUUCAGCAACUGAAGAAGAAACAAAAUGCAAAGCUAGAUCUUUCACUUAAGCUAAUUUUCUUUGAUGGUGAAGAAGCAUUUCAGCGAUGGUCAAUGUAUGAUUCUUUGUAUGGUUCUAAACAUCUGGCUCAAAAGAUGGAAGCCACUUCUCACCCACUAAAUGCAGAAAACACAAAUCAACUUCAAGGAAUUGAUCUCUUCAUUUUACUUGAUCUAAUUGGAACUGCAAAUCCAGUCUUUCCAAAAUAUUUUCAAAUAACUGCUCGAUGGUUUAACCGACUACAAGCUAUUGAAAGGAGACUCCAUGGGCUUAAUUUACUAAAGGAUCAUGCUUCUGAGGUCCAGUAUUUUCAAAGUGGUUUUCGUGCACGACCAGUAGAUGAUGACCAUGUGCCAUUUUUACAAAGAGGUGUUCCAAUUCUACACCUUAUUCCUUCCCCAUUUCCAGAUGUAUGGCAUACAAUGGAUGACAAUGAAGAAAACCUUGAUUUUGCAACUAUUGACAACCUUAAUAAAAUUCUACAAGUGUUUGUGCUAGAAUACCUUAAUAUAUGAUUUGUGCACAACACAGAGUAUCUGAUGUAUUUGGUUCAAAGGAGCACAGCGUGUUAUAAGAUAUAAUAAAAUGGUAUAUUAAAAUGUAUAUAAUGUAAACAUUCCAUCUUAUAAUUUGCUGGUGCAUUUUUUUUCUCAAAAUGUUUAGCUGUAAGCAGAAUGUUUUAUAUCAUAUUUAGGACAGAAAUUGUAAAGAAGGAUGGAGUUUUCCAACAAAUUCCUGUAAUGCAGACAUUUGUUUGUGAGUAUUCUCAUAGAGACAAUGAAACUUAUUUAACCACUGUGUUCCAUUAAAUAUACAGCAAAAUCAUUUUGAAAAACCUUUUGAAAUAGCUAUUAAGGUUUAAAGGAACAGUAACGUCAAAAAGUAAAAGUGUUUUAUAGUAAUACAAAUAUAAUGCAGUGUUGUCCUGCACUGGUAAAACUGCUGUGUUUGCUUAAGAAACACUACUAAUAUGUAUAUAAAUAAGCUGCUGUGUAGCAAUGGGGGCAGCCAUUCAAAGGAGAAAAGGCUCAGGUUAUACAGAAGAUAGCAAAUAAGCUUUGUCAAACUAAUGGUGUUAUCUAUAAUCCAUUAGUUAACCUGUGCCAUAUAGCCAUUUUUCAAUUUCCGCCAUUGCUCCACAGCAGCUUGUUUAUAUGAACUAUAGUAGUGUUUCUGAAGCAAACACAACAGUUUUACCAGUGCAGGGCAACAGUACAUGAUAUUUUCAUUACUUUAAAACACUUACAUUUUUUGGUGUUACUGUUCCUUUUGUGAUACACGGUAUCAAGUAGUGAUAGGUGUAAAGGGACUGGACUUGCUGAGUGAGCUUUACCACUCAUCUGAGUGGCUGCACAUAAGUGAAUUUUUUUCAAGAUUACUCAGCAAGUUCAGUUUAUUUACACAUAUCUCUACAAGAUAUUGAACCCUCUGAAAUAUCUUGAAGAUGGUAAAUGUUGACCAUUAGGCAUUCAGUGCUUCCUCAGUUUACUGCCAUCUUGAAACACAGGUCAAAGCAGGCAUUAACAGUGGGUGGAAUUAUAUACAGGUUGACAUGUAACUGAAAUUGUUUAAAUUUAAUGCACAUUUGUUAAGAGUGGCACAAUAAAUGGGUAUAAAGAA